CCAGCGAGUACCAUGCCGACAGAGAGCCAAUGACCAAAUAUCCGCAAAGCCACGCGGAAGCCCGGCCGAGCAAAAAGCAUCAUUAAGUAGCAAAGAUUCGUGUCAGUCUACCAGACUGUAGGUGAGUUUGCGACGUAGCAGCCUGCGCGUUUCGUAAUAUCGUACUCUUUUUUGGACAUGUUACAGACACAUUCGGGGUUAAAUCCGUAUUGCUUAAGCAUCAAUUUGUGUCAUGGAGUGGGAUAUGGCAGCUCGAGUAGUUGCAUUCCGAGAAACCCAGCGGUGUGCGUCCAUCGCCACUGGAAGCGGGGGCUAAGGACUAAAAUCCUGGGGUUUAACAGGGCGGAUGACGGCAGCCUAGCAACAGCUCAGAUAUGGAUACGUGUUGCGGCAGACUGCGUCCGAAAACCAGAACGAAAUUUGUGUCUGAACGCAGAGUUUACAAGUCGACAGGCAUGGACAGAAGCUGCAGCUGGACGUGCGCGACGAGGAACCCUGGAGAGCCUGAGUGGUCGAUCAGCCCUGGAAACUCUCUGUCAGGUAGGCGGUCGAUGGCACCAUUCGAGGCGUCUGGAAAGACGCCCAGGUGGCAGAAAGACUUGGCUCGGUCUGUCGGAUGAGACUCCGCGAGAAGCCAAGUCCCAGACUGGCGUGGAUCUGAGGCGUGCAUGGUGGACAGGCCUCGACGCAAUGGUGCAGUAUGAUUCGCAUGGCCUGGCUGCAAGGCGUCGGACACGAUGCAAUGUUUUGAUUGAGCACAAACGGCGCAGUUACACGGCAAGCCGACUCCAGCCGCCUGUCAGAAGGCAGCGCACCCAGACGAGUAAGGCGGUAUCAGCGUGUUGCAGGGUGAUGAAGAAUCUGCAGCUAACGGGUCGUGCACUCGACGGCGCAGAGGUUCAGGUACAUCUCCCGUGGUGGACCGCAUGAGUUUCGCAAUGGAAGAAUAGACAAUUCACUACCCUUGGAUAGUGGAGUUUGAAAAAUUGAGGCAUAAUGGGUAGCGCCGAGUCCAGUGCUCUGGGGCGUCGGACAGCUGUGGAUCGGCCUGGGUAGCCGGGCGGGCGACGACGCUGCCACUUGCAGACAGUCAUGGAAUCGAUGUACCUCUACAAAGGCGCCCGCUCCGUUUCUUGGUGGUGUCGUUCGCAUGGGCAGGGAUCAUUCGACGUUGGUUAGUAGUAGCCUUAGACUGCGGCGAACCUCAGUGGGGUGUUGCUAAGAGAAAUACCGCCCUCUAUUCACUCGUCCCCAUAACCCACCUUCUCCCUCCUCCGCACCCCGCUCGCCUGCCUCACUACUCCCCUCACCACCUUCCAUCU